GUCAUAUUGUACAAAAUUCUACGCUACUCACACACGUAAUUGCUUAAAUAUGUGGUCUCAUAAAAAAAUCUGAAAUAAAUAAAAAAAAAUAAAUAAGAAACGUGAUGAAAGAAGUGCCUCUGCGAAUGUUUUAUCAAUUUUUCAUUAUUUUAUUUUAUCAAAAAUAACAAAGUUCUGUGAUUUUGAGUGACUUACCGCGUUAAAAAUAGAACAGGAUAGCUUCGCAACCGUUUAAAAUUAUUAAAUCGAUAAGGGAAAUUCUGGAAAAAAUAACGUACAUGCAACCACCUAAAAAAAAAUAAAGGAAGAAAAAUAAAUAAUAAAAAAUCCAGAAAAUAGUGAAUAUUACCGUUAAAUCGAUAAAAAUUAGGAUUAAUGACCUACCAAUCGCUACCAUUAAAUCCAAUUACGCACAAAAGCAGUCAUUGUUGAUUCAAUAAUUUUUCACGUGCCUCCCAUUUUUAUUGAGAAAAUUUUUUUCGUGUAAUUCAGUGUGAAAUUUCAAAUCAAAAAUUGCAACGAUGGACACAACGAUGGAAGAGACAGAAGCGGAAAUGCAACACGAGUACAUGACUCAAGCGGAGAUAGAUGCAGAAUUUAAUUCACCAACACCCGAGCCACGCAGCCUUCUUCCACAAACGCCAGAACCUGUUGAAUUCGAACAACUUAUCGAAAAACUCGACGUAAUUCCAUCGAACGACAUCCAACUAGAACUCGUGCCGUGUCCCAUUUGCACGCGAAAAUUCGUGCCGGAAUCUCUCACGAAGCACGUUGGCAUUUGCGAAAAGAUGGCCAUGAAGAAGCGCAAAGUCUUCGAUUCGUCACGACAACGCAUCGAGGGAACAGAAUUAGCGAGUUACCGACCGCCUCCAUUGCCGGGCAUGCAGUCGCGGCACAACAGCAUCGACAAUAGCCAAAUGUCGAUGAGCAAGGUGACGCCACCGAAGACGACACCACUUCCACGAAAAUUCGAGAGAACUCCCAGUCUUGACAGGAAUACGAUGCGACAAGAGAGCAUAACAACGUCUUCAGCCACAUCAAAGAUGUCAUCAAAUGCAAAACGCGUGCCCGUGCAAGCCCAAAGUGAAAUGUGUCCCUAUUGCGAACGAACGUUCGGCUUCAAAGCGUACGACAGACACGUUGAGUGGUGCAAGGAAAAGGCACUCCUGAAACAAAUGAGUAGUAAUAACAAAGAAACAGUUUCCGCAGCGAAAGAACGUCUUCAGGCAAGAAUUAAAUACAAAGCACCUUCCUUAAAAACAAAACGACAACAAACCCGCGAAAAAUAUUCCGGAGGAAGUCUCAGUUGUAGCGGAUCCACAAACAGCUUAAAUGACCUCGGAAUUCCGAUGUUCAAACAGAAGGACUUUGGAAAAAGUGAUAAAAAGAAUAGUUUUUCAAUGGCCAACUCGAUGACGUCGUCCAUGACCAGUGAAAGUGGACUUUCCGACCGCAACUACGACCCGUUCAUGUCAGCGAAGCGACAACUGGAGGAGCUUUUUUCGCCGACGACGGGAACAUCGACCAGCACAUCGAAAAAUAACAAUACUACAACAACAACGACGCCCACGACAAACACAUCGAAUAAAACGACUUCGAAGAAUAAUUGCAGUAAUAGUCUCAUGACGAGCAGCAUGAAAGUGACGCCGAUCGUAAAGCCAUCGACACCGACGUCUUCUAUCCCGAGUCGUUCGAGUUUCCGUCGAACGUCGUCGCUGCGGCUCUCUAAGAAGGUCUCCAAGCCACUUUUCUCCCAAAAUACUCGAUCGAAUAUCCAGCGCGGCUUGUCUCCGGAUGACGGGCCUGUGUCUCCGCAUUUCGUGCGAGCCAACGAAUACGAUGAAAUUCCUAUUAAAUCGGCUUAUAAUGCAUUGCAUGCCAAUAAACCGAUGGGUACGCCCAGUAAGUCAUCGACUCCGAUAAGGGCGACACCGCCAAAAACUCCGUCAUUCGAUGACACGCCGAUUUUGAGACGUAACAACUCUGCCGACUUGCGUAAAAACCUGAAAUUGGAGCUGACGAAUCCGAAUGCGCCGGAUUUUUCGGUGUCGAAAACCGAUUCGCUCGCUGUCUUUUUGAAAUAUGAGAAAGAUUUGAAAGACAGCAGCACGUGUUUGACGGAGAAGGAUUUGAAGGACAAGAGUAACAGUUGUUUGAGCAAGCGAUCGUCCCUGAUAAACGAAUCCAAAGAGAAUAUUGUCGAAAAUGUGGAACGUCUUCCGGAAAUAGUCAACAAGACGCCUCCAUCGGCUCCGGCGACACCGAAUAACAAUCGCAUCUCGCCUCUUCUAAAGUUGGAGCCCAUCACGAAAAAUCAGCUCAUCACAAAUAACAACAAUAACAACAACAACAAACCAUUUAACAACAACAACGACUUGAUCUGCGACGCACUCGGACUAAAAGUCACCAAACUCUCCGACUCGGACAACAGUUCCAGCGGCAGUUCGAGCUCCGCAUCGGCAAAAAGCUCCUCAAAGCGCGACGAUACACCCGAAAAAUUCAUUCCUAAUCGCGGUUCCGGUCGAAAUGUGCUUCGGCGACAGGUGAAAUUGAGUAAAGACAGCAUCCUUUACGACUUUUCGCCCGACUCCGACCCAUAUUCCGAGGAGUGUGACCAGAAAAUUUCGCAACUCGAAGCGGAACGCGACAAUAAUCCGCAUUUCAAGCGCAACUUGAGCAACAAUGCCGACUCGGCGGACUUGGAAUCCAUUUUUGACGACUUUGACUUUGAGGAAUUCAUUUCGUCGUUCGAGGACGACGAGAAUUACCCGAUUUUCAAAGACUACAAAAAUAUUUUGCUGAGUCGCACGAUAAGUGAUAGUAAGAAUAUUGCUGCCAGAUCGGAAAUGGACACGGAUUUUGGGAGUCAGGGCAGGCAGACGCCGCGCAAUAGCUCGUCAAAUACCGCAAUGCAUGUGGGCGAGAAGGAAUUAAAGGUGCCAGCUGGCUUGAAAGUCAAUUUGGAUGAGUUGUCGCCGACGGAGAAGGAUUUGCUGAAGAGUGUGAGUGAGCUGAAUGACAUGUGCAGUCAAAGUACGUAUCCAGUGGAUUCGGAUGACCUUUCCAGCAUCGAUGGGUUUCCGUUGCGGAAACAAGCGGGCAGUAAAAUGAGUGCAGAUUCGGCGUAUGGAAGCAGCUUGUCGCGUCAAUCGCCGCCAGAACGUACCACAAACCGACGAAACAAGGCACGCGCCGUGGGUCUCACCGAUAUGCUUCGCAUGCCCGACAUCCAACAGAACAAAACGCCGAUGCAACGUCACCAACUUCGUCCGCGCGAAAAUAAUCUCAGCAUGAGUAGCAGUGGUUCCGAGUCGUCAUUGCCGCCGAUCAAUUCCAACUUGAAAACGCAAAAGAUGGAAUUGCAUCCGCACAGCGAAAAACAGUCAAAUCUUAUCAACAGUAGCGCUAGUGAAUGUAAACUUUCGAAAUUUUGUCACGAAUGUGGCUCGAGAUUCAAAGUCUCAUCUGCCAAAUUUUGCAUGGAUUGCGGCGUCAAGAGAAUUGCAAUUGAAUAAAAUUUAAUUUUAAACAAAAAAAAAUUAACUCCUACUAGUAAUUUUAAUAUUUAAAGAAAAACUAAAAAAAUACAAGAAAGCUGAAAGUCGUUAAGAGGUCACGUGACCAAAAGUGAAAUCUAGUUUUUUUUCGAGAAACGCACAGCGUUGUAAAAGUUCUUUGAAUAAAAAAAAAUUAAAACUAACUUUUAACCCUCAUUUAACAAAGAUUUCAGUCAUUAUAGGCACUAAUUUUUUCCUUAACACAAAACUCUCAUAAUAUAAUUUAGUCAUAAAAUAAAAAUUUUCAUUUAUUUUUGUUUUCUAACAAGACUG